UAGUGAGAAGCAUAACCAAUCUUCUUCUCCUUCUCCUUUCUUUUAUUUCGUAGUAGCUAUGGCUAAGAUAUCAUUGCUACUAAUAAUAUGUUCUAUUCUUGUUGGAAUGAGCUCUGCUCAGUCGUUGUCCGCCAAUUUCUACUCUUCCUCCUGUCCGAAUGUCCUCUCAGUUAUCAAAACAGCUGUGGAUUCUGCUGUCACCAAAGAGGCUCGCAUGGGGGCUUCUUUACUUCGUCUUCAUUUCCAUGAUUGUUUUGUUAAUGGAUGUGAUGCGUCCGUACUACUAGAUGAUACUUCAAACUUCACAGGAGAGAAGACUGCUAAUCCGAAUAGUGGGUCAUUAAGAGGGUUUGACGUGAUUGAUACUAUCAAAACAAAAGUGGAGGCUUCAUGUGCUGGUGUUGUAUCUUGUGCAGAUAUUUUAGCCGUUGCAGCUAGAGAUUCUGUCGUCAAACUUGGUGGCCCUAGUUGGACUGUUUUACUGGGCAGAAGAGACUCAACUACUGCAAGUUUGAGUGCAGCAAACAACAACAUUCCUGCACCAACUUUGAACCUCAGUGGCCUCAUUUCUUCCUUCUCUACCAAAGGUUUAACUGCUAGGGAAAUGGUUGCUCUUUCAGGAGGUCAUACAAUUGGCCAAGCAAGGUGUACUACUUUCAGAAACCGUCUAUACAAUGAAGCCAACAUAAAUGCAUCAUUUGCAACAUCAGUGAAAGCAAACUGUCCACAGAGUGGUGGUAACAACAAUCUUUCACCUCUAGACACAAGUCCAACUUCAUUUGACAAUGUUUACUUCAAGAAUUUGCAAAUUCAAAAGGGCCUUCUUCAUUCUGAUCAACAGCUAUUUAGUGGAGGAUCAACACACUCCAUAGUUAACACUUACAGCUCCAAUUCAGCCACUUUCUUCACUGAUUUUAAAAAUGCUAUGGUGAAAAUGGGAAAUCUUAGCCCCCUUACAGGUACCAGUGGCCAAAUUCGUAAAAAUUGCAGAAAGACGAACUAAUAGCUGGCCCGAAUACCAUGGUUAUAAUUUUUUUUUAAAAAGAGAGUACCUAAAAUAUGAUCUCAAGAUUUCUGUGUGUUGCUAUGUUUUUCCCCUGUUUUUUUUUUUUUUUUUUUUUUUUUUUUUUUUUUUGGGUAGUCAACUUAAAUGUUCUGCAUUAUUAGAGGUAAAGGUCGUAACGUCCCCCUCAAUAUGUAAUGUUCGAAGUAGUGAAAUGAAAUGAGUGUUUUUUAUA